GUAAAGUCCAGAUGGCAGCACUUUGAUCAGCUGGGUGAGGUUAUCGGCUCAAAGCUUCAAUAACGACGUAACAGAGGUUUCUGGCUCCUGUAAUUAUCAUGGCUUAUAAAAUGGUUUCGUUUGUCGCGUCUGUUUUGGCUUUUUCCUCUUGGACCUAUUAUUUUCCAGGUGAUAAACCAGCACAUCCAGGGAUGGUUCAUUUUCCACUGGAAAUGCAGUCAAUGAAAAAGGUGGAAGAACAGGGAAGGAAAUUAAAAGAGCAGCAGAUGAAUGUAGUUUUAAAACAGAAAGAAGACUUUAAAACAGAACCUGUAAUAGACGUGACUCCGAUUCAUCGCUCAGAAGAACUGUUCUUCACGUCUGCAGUCUCCACUUUGAGUGGAUCUCUCUCUCUGGACACAGUGGUCACCAUUCUUCUGAUGCACAUGUGUGGAGCUGAUCUGGUGGCAGCCAUGUCUGCAGGGAUUCUCCAUCUCUUCUCCUUCAGUGUCUUCAUGGACUUGGUGUUUGGGAUGAUCACUCUUAAUUACAUCAACAAGAUCAAGAGUGAGAGAGAAGAAUUACGGAAAACAAACUGUGAGCUUCAGAGGAAGCUCCAGCUGACGGAGCAGGACUGCAGAGAUGAAGCUGCAACGCUGCAGGAAGUGAAGAACAAACUGAAGACCUGGAUGCAUCACAUCAGAGUCACAGCGAAGGACAUGGAGGCUGAGACUGAAGAAACCAAGCAGAAGCUUCUGGCCCGGGAGAAAAAAGCAAAAACUUUCAGCCAAUCUUAGUAUCUGCUGGUAGAGAAUGGAAAUAUAAUGCAGGUGGAAACUGGACAAGCCUGAGAAAAGAUGAUAGAAACAUUAAAAAUGAGAGUUUCUUAUAUACAGAGGGAGGAUAAUUGAUUGAAAUAAUCAACACAGAACAGAUUCAUAUUUUUAUUGUAAAAGUUACAGAAUGAAAAACCAUAAAGGUUUAAAAAUGAGGUUUAAGUUCAGAUAGAAAAUGUAAAUAAAUGCUAAUUUAUGAACCUGGUUACUGACUGAUGGUCUAUAGUUCUGUAUUUAUUUUUUUCUUUUUGAUGACUG